AUGGAUACCACAUCGCAUGCAUACGAGGCCUUCCCAACCUUCGAUACAUAUUCCGCCCCCACAACCCCACAGCACGAUCACGAUGCACCGAUACCCACAACUUCAGACAUCACAGCGACAACAUCCGAGCCCUUCUCCCUCCAGUACGAAGGCCCCCUCUACACAGAGAUAAACAUUCCACUCCCCCACAUCCCAGCACCACCAACAACCUCGUCCGCAUCACCACGCCUAUCUACGUCCGCGGCCUCAUGUACAUCGGACACGACAACUGAGAAACGACGAGGACGUUCCCGAACCCUCUCUUCCCUCUCCCCCUUCCGACACCGCUCCUCCUCAUCUGCUUCAAACCCCAUAUCCUCGCCCACAUCGCCCACUCUUUCUCCUUCUAGGAACAGUGAAGAAUGGCCGCGGAUCCGACGAGACAUUGUAAAAUCCCGUGAAGUAAACGCAAUGAUGAAUCUACGGCACCAGAGCAAAAGGGGUAGGAGUGGGACUAUUGAUGCGCUUGCUGUUGUUCCUGCUGUGCUGGUGCUAAGCGCGGAACUGUUUACGCCUGAGGAGGAGAAUGGGAGGGGUGGGAGGGAAGGGAGAAAAGAUAGUGGAGUGGGGAGGUGGGAGGAUGGAAUCAGGUGA